CAUUUUUUGUACCAUAACUUUGUUUGGGAAAAUCCCAGCAGAUCAGUAGUUUCUGAAAUACACAGUCUGGCAGAACCAUCCAUGUCUUGGCCAAAGUCACUUAAAUCCCCUUUCUUCUACAUUCUGAUACUUGGUUUGAACUUCAACAGAUCGUCUUGACCAUGUCUACAUGCCUAAAUCCACUAAGCUGCUACCAUGUGAUUGACUGAUUAGAUAUUUGAUUUAACGAAAAGUUGAACAAGAGCACCUAGCAAAGUGGGACUUAUUCAUAGGUGUAAGCAUCACAGCAGUACCUGAGGAUUGAAUACUGAAAAAUAUCUCCUCUUUUUUGGUCUUUUACAGCAUAUAACCCCUUUUAAAAUAUGCUGCAGUAGUCUAAAAACAGAUGAAAACCAUGAAUCAACAUAUGGGUAUUACCUGUGGAAAGACUGAUGUUGCAGAAGUGAAACAGAGCAAACAGAGGUUUCAUUAGAGGCAUAGCUAAGUAUCUUGCAGUUUGGCACAAUUUGCACACUGUGGGUGCACCGUUACUCCCACCCUGUGCUGUCACGGUGACCUGCAAGGGGUGGGAGGUGUUGUCUAACGGGGAUGACAGCUCAGUGACAUCCUCUUGUCACUGAGUUCUUCCACUGGGUCAAGAGGAUGUGCCAGAACAGAGCCGGCCUUCUUGAUCAGCCUGUUCAGUUUCUCCCCUUACCCAGUGGAGAUACUGCUGCCCCAGCAGAGAACACCAUAAAAGAUUGCUGAUGCUCACUGGUGAGUCUGGCUGGAGUCCAGUUGAUCACCUGAACGUGAUUGGUUUGCACACCAGACAUACUUUGUGAUAUAACUACUUUGUAGUUUGUAUCACAAAGUACAUCAUUUACAAGGGAAUGUAAGUAUUAUGGAGCAUUUGUUAAACUAAACAGCGAGAUCAUGAAAAACCUUUGGCAUAGAGAUGAGCUCUGGAGGUUCUAGAGACUUUGUUGAUGGAUGAUUCUACCGGGAUCUUAAGCAGAGUUGGGGACAGUUAAUGCUCCAACCAGAGAUUCUGUUCUUGCAACAGUCUGUGUUGAAAUUGUGGGAACUAAGCCAGUGUUGACCAAGAACCAAGGGAGUAUGUGGUGCAAAAACAGACUAAUGUGCUCUAUUUGAUAGCCUGAGAGACUGAUGAUUAUGUGUUGUGUUUUAUGACUUACGUCAGGAAGACCGGAACCAUUUAGAGCAGAGAUAGGCAGAGGCUCAGGGACGAUGACAUAUGAUGUUUUGUUCUGCUGUGUUGACUCUCUUCUUUGAAAGAACCAUGAGACUGGGUAGGGAUGAGUCAUUGUGGACUUUUGCCAGCACAAUCUUUUGGGCGACCAGGACAAACUGCGACGAGUGGCCUUUGGUGCCACAAUACAGACACUCACCUCAGCUAGACAUUUAUUUCGGGUUUGAGGGUAGAGACGAGCCCAGUUGAGCUGUAAAGGCUGAUCGAUUGGCUCCUCCAUUUCAUUUUUUGCUUAAAGUUAAAGUUUUAAAAACAUGUUUAGCACCAUUUUCUGUCAGUACAGAACCUUACGUCACCGGGUUGGCUGGUUGCGGCUAAUAGACUUACGUCAGUUUACGUCAGUUUAAGGGGAUUACGUUUGUGCUGCCCCACUUGCUGCAACAAUGAGUUUUAUGUUAAGAAACUGAGGUUAUACUUCCACUUUCACUGUCUGUCUCUUCAGCAGUAAUUGACUUCUCCUAUUUGGCUAGCAGCACUGAAACUCCAGCUGUUAGUUGUAAUGUCUGGCUUUGUAAAGCACUUUAUAAAUGAGGACAGUGUAGAGGAGAGCCUGUUUGAGUCACCAGACCGACAAGCUGCAGUCGGACACUCCAGCUUUUCCUCGCCAGGCCGGGUGUCCUGUGUGCCAGGGUUAGAGCCCUUGUUGAAAACACUUUGAAAUUUAUUAAUAAACUGCUGAAGAAAGAUUCAGAUUUGACUUCAAACUGCUUGUCCUCACUUUAAAGCUUGUCUCUUCAGCAAUUUCAUCAUAAAUGCUAUUUUUGAACCGUCUGAAAAAUAUGUCUGGCUCUGCUGGCGAAACACUAGAGAGCAUUAGGUAAGAAAGCCACAACUUUUUUCUCCCAGCUUACUCCAGAAUUCCUCUUUCUCCUCUGACAAGAAUAUAAUAACAAUGUUAUCUUUUUACCUUGUACUGAAUAUUACAGGUUAAACAUUAGCCUUCUGAAGUCUUUGGACUGAGAUGAUUCCUCUUUCGUUAGUGUACAUCUUUCACUUUAGAUUCUGUCAAAACUGUGUUUUCUCAGACUGGAAGAGGCCAUUUCUUCUUUUUUUGGUUUGGCCAUUGGGUAACUUCGUCUUUCUCCAGCAGUGGUCAACCUUACACUUUCCACAUAUUCUGAGUCUUGACACUAUUACAUUCUUUUUAUUAAUUUUUAAUAUACAUCAUUUGGAUACUUCAAAUCAUAUCACUAACUAUGCACUCUGAAAAGAAAAAGCAGAUGUAAAUCUGUAGGUUUUCUGGUGUUGGCUGGCAGUAGUAAUGGAAUCGGUGACAAAACACAAAAUAUGUUGUCACAGAGUUUUUGACGUAAAAGGAAGAACAAGGUGUUUUUUAAAUGGUGUAACAGCAGCAGCGCACUCUAACAUGUGCUCAGUUACUCUCAUAAUAAUAGUCAGGCAGGAACUAGUGUUUGACCAGAGGAUCAGCCAACAUGCCAGUGGAACUGAAAGGGAACAUUGUAGUGACAGGGGCCAACAGAGGCAUUGGUUUGGAGCUGGUGAAACAGCUGGCAGAGACGACAGGAGAAGAAGCUCACAUCUAUGCCUGCUCCAGAGAGCCUGAAGGAAGCAGAACUGAGGCACUGAGACAGUUAACCACUCGACAUCCUGGAAAGAUCACUAUAAUCAAGCUAGAUACUACAAAUGAGGAAAGUAUCUCAGCUGCUGUGCAGGCUGUGCAAGAUCAGAUCGGGGAUGGUGGGUUGAAUCUCCUUAUCAACAAUGCUGCUAUCAGGAAACCGGCCUCUUCGGGAGCAUUAUUUGCUACCAAGAAAAACGACAUGAUGGAGGUGUAUGAAACCAAUGUGGUUGGACCAUUUACCAUUGCAAAGAUGUUUCUUCCACUCCUGAAAAAAGCAGCACAGAGGGAUUCUCCUGCAAAGGGCAGUGAUAAUAAAACUGCCUGCAGCUCAGCCAUCAUCAACAUCUCCACGGCUUUCUCAUCCAUAGAGAAAUGUCCAGAGACCUUCUCAGCUGCACAGAUGUAUCCUUACAGAAUAAGCAAGGCAGCACUGAACAUGCUGACUCGCUGUCAAGCCGAGGACUUCAAGACUCACAAUAUAGUGGUGACAGCCAUACACCCAGGCUGGGUCCAAACUGAGAUGGGAGGAGAAAAGGCUCCUUUGACCACCAUGGACAGCGUACUUGGCAUGCUUAGUGUGAUAUCGUCACUUAGCAACAAAGACAGUGGGAUGCUUCUGGACUGGCAGGGCAACACCAUCCCCUGGUAGCCGUCAUGUCAAAACCAGGCUAAUAGACAAUGUUUUCAGGUUAAAAUUCAAAUGAGAAAAAACAUAUACGGAUAUAAACAUAAUAAAACAUUGAGGAGGAGAUUUUUUAAUUAAUUUUAUUCUUUUUUUCUUUUUUUUUUAACAUGUACUAGAAGCUUUCUGCAAACUGAACUGCAGGCCACGGUUCACCAGAGAGGAAAUGAAAUGACUUAGAAAUUUGUCAGUUUUCAUUGUGGGGAGACAAUUAUUUCCUACAGUGGAGUAAAAUUUAAUCUGAAAUUUCAGACAGUAUUAUAUGUAAAGAUUCAUUAAUCAUAUUAACAUCCCUUCUAUAAGCAUUUCAGCCAGUAAGCUGAGCUUAUAGUUUGGAGGUGGCAUAGAAAUGAUGUAUACAGAGAAAAUUAGCACUGGAAUGAACAUAUUUGAACCUCAGAUGGUUGUUAAGGCUUCUGUGUUGUCUUUCACAAAGGCUGUGGCUUCCAAAUGCUCUGUAGUUACAGAUAUACUUAAAAACAUGAGUGCUAACAGCUGGGGAAAUAAUUUUACUCUACAUGUUUGCUUCUGUAAUAAAGUGAUGAACCUACUGGUUUUGUUCCCAACCUGUCACAUUCCCAUUAGUCUUUCUUGAAUGUCAUAAAAAUAUGAGAGAGUUUUCCUUUAACCUUAAAAAAAACAAACAAUUCUACUAAUUUUCUCGUGCUGAGAGAGAAAUCUGAUAGCUGACCACGUGUAGCAGACUGAGACCUUUGACGUUUAUACAUAUAACUGAGAUCAUCUUUGGUUAUUAGGAAAUUAUGGCAAAACAGAUACCUGUGCAAACUGCCUGCAUUUUCUCAGGUAAUUCCAGUAGUGAGUCCGACACUACGUAUCAUUUUCAACUAUUUAAUAAAAAAUACACAAUAUGACGAGACCAGAGAAAAGGAAAUGCAGGUUUAAUUGCAUUUGCUCUCUUUAAACUCUUUCAUUCCUUUUGACUUUUACAUGCCUAUUAAAAAAUACAUACAGUUUUCAAAAAUAAAAUAAAAUUAAACAUCUUAGAUGGCAUGGAAAUAA